AUGGUAUCCCGAGAAGAUUUAUUCGGAGAUAUUAAACCAAAUGGAAUAUUUAUAUCAGUGCAGGAUGAUUGGGUUUAUUUAACAGCAAUAUGGAAAGAGCACGAAGUACCUUAUGACGAUGCUAUGGGUUUGAUCAGACAAUAUAAGAGGCCUUUACUUUCAAUAUUACGUAAUAAUUAUGCUCCGAAUAACAAUUGGGAAUUUCUUUAUAGUCAUCGACUUGAUGGUCCUAUAACGCAUAUAUCGAGUUUCUAUUAUAACGAUGGGUCAAUAUCAACGGCAGGCACGGAUUAUCACGAAAAUAAUGCAUUGGCAAUUUUGUAUCAAAUACAUGGAAAAGAGGAAAUUAAAUUCGUCAUGAGAUUAUAUCAUAUAGGUCAUUAUGAAGAAAUAACUGAAACUAUUGAAUUAAGUGAAUGUCAAAAACUUUCAUCACACACGUGUCAUAUUUCACCAUCCUUUAAAUUUCAGGACAUAACAUUGCCAGGAACGACUAAUAUUAAAUCAUUUCAUGUGGACGGUUCAAUCAUCUUAUAUUCAAGGAAUCCAGACGAUGCCAAAUUUAGAACAAUAUUAAUACCUAAAAAUGUGUUUGACAUUCCAAAGAGCAAGAUAAGUGCAUUAACAUUAAAAACUAGUGAUCCAGGACCGAUACAAAAAAUCGGUCCAUUAAACCCUUUUUGGAGAAAAAUUUCAAUUUUUCGACGCGUUUACGCUGUGCCAGGAGUGAUUCGAGUUUUAAAUGUUGAAGUCACAGCAAAUGAUGAAGUUUGGACAUUUCAAGUAACCGUCAUUCAUAACUCAUCUUCAAUUCAUAACUCCUCGUCAUCAUCUGAGGAAUCAGACAUGAGCCCUUUUCGUUGGCGUUCCAAGAUAAUAAUUGGGUAUACGCCGUCGACACCAAAGAAACUCGAGUAUGACCAAUUUGAUUUUGCGCGCGGGAUUACUCUUGUUCCACCAAUCGCAGUUCCGAAACCUGUUGUAGUUACAGCAAAAAAUGUGACAACAAUCUGUGUCGCUUUGAAUAAUAUUUUAUUCACGUUUGAUUAUAGCAAUACAACAGCAGCGGAUCCCAACCCACAAGGUACAAAUUCAACUGAAGCAUUUAUAGUUAGAAGUGAAUAUCUUCCUUUACUUGAGGAACGACAAUUCCAGAUCGUAGGAACUGAAAUCAAUGCUAAUGGUAAUUUAUUGGCGCUGGUGACUAUGAGAGGAGGUGCUGAUAUAAAUGUCCCGCCAUCAUCUCGAAUGAAGAAAGGUUUGUUUGCAAGGUUAACUGAUGCUGAUAAUAAACUUAUAAACAAAACUGAAGACAAUUGGGAAUUAAGGAUGGUUAUUCAAUCAUCAUAUUUGGAUUCUCUUAGUCGGUCUGGUUUAGACGUAAUAGCAGUAAAGAUAUUAAAUGUCUCUAGAAUACAGAGUAAUGGAAAUAUAUUAUUAAAUUUGUACGAUAAUGGAGAUGUUGCAACGUUUGAUUUGGAUAAAGCAGAACAAGAAAUGAAAAUUUGGUUCUUUAUUAGAAAACAAUGGAAAAUGUAUCUCGAUCAUGGUUUACAAGUUCACGAUGUAUAUUCAUAUCAAGAUGAAACUAUCUUGAUUCAUUUGAUACAUUCUGACCAAGAAAAUUGUUCCAUUCCAGCUUUAUAUUUUCGACUUUUACAUAGUAAUAAAACCUUAACCUUGAUUAAUGUUUCAGCUACGGAAAUACCAGCGUUUAACUUUUGUGAAAUAACGAUUGAGAGGGUCAUAUACUAUUAUAUUAACAUUUAUCCUUUAUUGAGAAAUUAUAUUUUUGCAACCUAUGUGAAUUCAAGCAAUCCUGAUGACGCGAGUGUUUAUGGACUUUUGGUUAAUUGGAAUGGAGAUUUUAUUAGUAACACGUAUCUGAGUAAGGCUUCUGUGAAUAAGGAAGGAAUUGUACAACCUCCUGGGAAACUUUAUCAUUCAAGUCAAUUAGCAAAUGUUGGGUUUUUAUACGUGGAUAUCCUAGAAAACACUGGAGAUGUGAUUUGGCAUCACUUUACUAGAUCUUUAAAUAGUAACUUAAGUAUUUCUAAUAUCAAAUCUGGAAUGAUUGGGAAUUCUGGCAGCGUAAAUGCAAGAACUUCUGGAUUCCUAAAUACGGAAGGAAAUUAUUGUUUGGUAGUAACAAGAUUUUCUAGUGAAGGUCAAAAAUCAACUUUGCGCGUAGAAAUAAUCUUAAUCUCUGCUCACGAUGAUCAAACAUCUCCAUCUUAUUUGAUGUAUUCAAGUGAUGAGAUGACUUUUUCGGAUAUUAUCGCUUUGAAUUGUAAUAUUGAUUAUAAUGGAAGUGAGAAUAUUUGUCAGCUUCUCAUUUCUGAAGGGAAUGAUAUUUUUAUUUUGAAAUUAUCUUUUUCCACAUUCGGAUACUUAAAAAAUGUUGAAACUAAAUGGGCGAAUUACCUUGAAGGUUUAAAUGAACUGAUAGUGAAUCCGUUGCUUUUCGGAGGUUACCUCUUGACAGCAAGUACCCGCAAUCAAAUUGGAAACUUAAUUUAUGGUUUCAUUCUCAAUUCAACUGGAGAUUUUCAAAAUAAUUGGUAUGACUCAAAAUGA